GACGUCCAACCCGCCCGCUACCACGUGGCCUUCGGGCCGGUGGUGGACGGCGACGUGGUGCCCGACGACCCCGAGAUCCUGAUGCAGCAGGGCGAGUUCCUCAACUACGACAUCCUCAUCGGCGUCAACCAGGGCGAGGGGCUGAAGUUCGUGGAGGACUCGCUGGAGAGCGAGGACGGCAUCUCCGCCUCCUACUUCGACUUCACCGUCUCCAACUUCGUGGACAACCUCUACGGUUACCCCGAGGGGAAGGACAUCCUCCGGGAGACCAUCAAGUUCAUGUACACGGAUUGGGCCGACCGGGACAACGGGGAGAUGAGACGGAAGACCUUGCUGGCCCUCUUCACCGACCACCAGUGGGUGGCCCCGGCGGUGGCCACGGCCAAGCUCCACGCCGAGUACCAGUCGCCCGUCUACUUCUACACCUUCUACCACCACUGCCAGACGGACGCGCGGCCCGAGUGGGCGGACGCGGCCCACGGGGACGAGAUCCCCUACGUCUUCGGGGUGCCCAUGGUGGGCGCCACCGACCUCUUCCCCUGCAACUUCUCCAAGAACGAC